GGGAGAAGGCAAAAGUGUCAACAACAACAAGACCAGUUUGCUUUGCUUUCCAUUGUGAUUACCAUUGUUUACAUUGUUUUUAUUUACUGCCGAUUAUUUUCAUCUAUAAUUGUUGAAAAUCAACGUCAUUAUUUAUUUGCACCAUUGGAAUCAUCAUCAUCAUCAUCCACCCGAUUCCUGCUUUAAUCCUUUUUCUACAAUUCUGAGCUUCUUUUCUGGUAAAUUGUGUUCAUUUUUUUCCCUCUAUCACUCGAGCUUUCCUUUGUUUUGUAUUCACUCACGUUUCAUAGGUUAUUAGUAUCAUUGUUAAAUAAUGGUACCAAUGUUUAACCACAACAUUAAUCACUUUAAUAAUGUAAUUGUGACAACUUUAACCCACCAUCAAUACACCAAUAGUCGAUGUAAUAGUAAUAAUAAUGUAAUCAAGAGCAUAACCAACUCGAUCCUUAAGUCAGUUACUGUGUUUACUGUGAAAACCCUUUGGAAUCAUUUACUGGUUCCAAUUGUAGUAAUACUUUUAUUUCAAUCUUCAGCCAAUGUUUUCUCCUCCGCCUUACCUCACUCUGAGAUAAAUUCAUUUCAUGCCGAUGGACCUUCAUCUUCAUCCUCCUUUAACUCAGAGCACCAUCAUCACCAUCACCAUAACGAUCCAUUAAUUGUGUUGACAAAAAAAGGUUAUGUUCGUGGUCGAUCAGUUGUUUCACCCACCGGUAAACCAGUUGAUGCUUUUUUGGGUAUCCGUUAUGCAAAACCACCGACUGGAAAGUUUCGCUUUCGCCAUCCUAAGCCCAUCGAUUCAUGGCAAGGAAUAUUCAAUGCAACCUCAUUUUCAGGUGCAUGUUACCAAGUCAAUGAUACCUUUUUUGGUAACUUUAUGGGUGCCACCGAAUGGAAUCCAAAUGUUCCCCUUGACGAGGAUUGCCUAUCAGUAAACAUUUGGGUACCUCGACCUCGUCCCAAAUCAGCAGCCGUUUUAUUAUGGAUCUAUGGAGGAAGCUUUUGGUCUGGAAGCUCGUCACUUGAUUUUUACGAUGGUUCCGUUUUGGCUGGUGAAGAGUCAAUCAUUUUUGUCUCCAUUAACUAUCGUGUUGCCUCUCUUGGGUUUAUUUUUUUUGACACCUCCGAUGCUCCCGGUAAUGCUGGACUUUUUGACCAGUUAAUGGCCAUGGAAUGGAUCCGUGAAAAUAUAGCUGCCUUUGGUGGUAAUCCGGCAAACAUAACCAUUUUCGGUGAAUCAGCUGGUGCCGUUUCAGCAGCUCUUCACUUGCUUUCACCUCUAUCACGCAACGUUUUCAGCCAAGCCAUUUUACAAUCAGGCUCAGCAACCUGUCCAUGGGCCAUCUCUGAUCGAAAAAAAGCCUAUCAACGGAGCCUUGCACUUGCCCAAGCAGUUGGCUGUGGGUCAACCUCGACUCGCUCUGUACAUGCCAUUAUUGAAUGUAUGCAAUCUAUACCUGCCUCUGAAUUGGUUGCCCAGGAAGAGACAACAACCGGUGUGGUUGAGUUUGCCUUUAUACCCAUUGUGGAUGGAUCCUUUCUCGAUGAAGAUCCCGAGGUUUCCCUGCGAACCAAAAAUUUUAAACACACACCUAUUUUGACUGGAAGCAAUCGUGAUGAGGGAACCUAUUUUCUUGUUUACCAUUCACCGCACAUAUUUAAUUUAAGUGAAGGCAUUUAUAUUUCGCGCAGUGAAUUUCAAUCCUUGAUCCGGAUCAUUUAUCCCCAUCUGAGUCCUUUAGCCCAAGAAGCAGUUAUCCAAGAGUAUACACAUUGGAUUAAUCCAGAUGAUCAAAUUGAGAAUCGUGAAGCAACUGAUAAAUUUGUUGGUGAUUACCAUUUUACUUGUCCAGUUAAUGAAAUGUCAUAUCGUUAUGCUCUUUAUGGUAAUGAUGUUUGGACCUACCAUUUUACCCAUCGAUCAUCAAAAAGUUUUUGGCCUUCCUGGAUGGGAGUUAUUCAUGGUGAGGAGAUCAAAUUUGUUCUUGGUGAACCAUUAGAUCCAGUUCAUGGUUAUACGCCUGCAGAAGUUCAAUUAAGUAAACGGAUAAUGAGAUAUUGGGCCAAUUUUGCCAGAACCGGCAAUCCAAAUAAACAAUUUCCCGAUGGUGAUGAUACGGAAUCAAUCGUGUGGCCUGAGUACACUGCUCAUGAGAAAGAAUAUCUUGUCAUUUCAACCAACGAUUCAUCAAUUGGACGAGGUCUCAGGGCAAAACAAUGUGCCUUUUGGAAAAACUUUUUACCCAAACUUAUCAAUGCUCUUGAAAACCGUCAUAAUUCAACUUGUACUAGUCAUUCAAAUCAAAUUGGAUCAUCAAAUUGGAGCCUUGCCAUUUCAUUGAUUUCAUUAAUCAUGUGCUUCUUACCUAGCUUAAGGUAAUCAUUGGUUUAACCCAUUGGAAAGGAAUAUCAACAUUUUUUUUGCAAGAAUUAAAACCGAUGACAAGAUGACGAAAGUAAAGCAAAUAACCAUAAAUUGGACAUUUUGGACAUUUUGUAUCGAUCAACUGAACAUGAGCA